AACAGUCCAUCUUUCUUGUUUUCUUUCCAGGAGCUCUCUCUCUCUCUCUCUCCAAUUGGGCAUGAGAAGAGAUGGGUAGAAAGCAUAUGCUUCUGCUGAUUCUUUCUUGGUCCCUAAUCGUGUUUGCCUUGGCCGCUAGGCCCGCUACUGAUUUGGAGGUUAAAGGAACUCCAGAUACUGGGUUAGAUCCAAAAAGCCCACCAACUUUGAACAACACUAGCAAUUUGAAGGAGAAAACUGGUGGUUUGAACUCUGUUAUAGAUUCUAAUAAAGUUGACCAAGUAAAGAAUGAUACAGAUCAAGUGGGUGGAUCAAAGGAGGGCAUUGAGGAUAAUAAGGUAGGUGAGAGGAACCCAAGUGAACAAAAAGAUGUGGACUUGAAAGGAGAUAAGAAGAAGGGUGAAGAUGGUUCAGUGGGAAAGGGUGAAAACAAAGAGGGUGAUCAAGUUGAGAAAAAAGAUGAAGAUGGUUCAGUGGAAAAGGGCGGCAACAAAGAGGGAUUGAGUGAAGGGGGAAAAGGUGACAACAAAGAUGGAUCGAAAUCGAAAGAAGCGAUGGAGGAACCGGUGGUGUUGCCACUGGUGAGGAAGGAGGGCUCUCGUGGCGAAGAAUGUGAUGCUGAUGCAUCGAAUAGCUGCAAGGUUGAGAAGGAUGCAUUGAUAGCAUGUUUGAGAGUUCCAGGAAACGAUUCCCCAGAUCUUUCACUUCUGAUUCAGAACAAGGGAAAUGACCCCCUCAGUGUUACAAUUUCUGCUUCUAAUUUUGUUCAGCUUGAGAAAAGGAACGUUCAACUCCAACAAAAAGAAGACAUAAAGGUGAAAGUUUCUAUCAUUGAAGGUGGAACUGACAGCACGAUUGUUCUAACAGCAGGAAGCGGCAACUGCAGUCUUGACUUCAGAGAUUUUACUUCCCUCAAUCCCAUGAAGGAAACAGAGGACAGUAGAAAGUCAGCAUACAUCAACCUUGUUAAGAAACCUCAUCUUAUUGUAUUCAUUGUCAUUUCUACUCUCCUGUUAAUAACAGCAUCGGCUUGGAUGUGUGUGAGCUUCAAGAGGAGGCAUUUCGACAGCAAUGCCUCCAAGUAUCAAAAGCUAGACAUGGAGCUUCCAGUUUCAGGUGGGAGAAAAGUAGUGUCGGAAAUAAACGAUGGGUGGGACAACAAUUGGGACGACAACUGGGACGAUGAAGAGGCACCCAAGACACCAUCAAUGCCUGUGACUCCAAGCGUCUCUUCCAAAGGCCUCGCUUCAAGGCGGUUAAACAAGGAGGGUUGGAAAGAUUAGCUGCCUCAAGUUUAGCGACUUAGCAUUGGUUUCAUUGGGGUAAUGUAGGGUGUGAGAGGAGAUGGGAAAAAAAGAGGUUCAAUCUGAUUGUUUUGUUUGACUGAUUGGUUCAUACGAGUCACUUCCCUUCCUUUUUCGGGUGGAAUACAACAGGAAUGAUAAAUAUGCUUUCCUGUUCCUUCAUGUCGGUGAUAUAUAUGCUUUAAAACUGGAUUUUGUCCUUGUGACUGCACUCUAUUGACGCCAGUGGCCUAUCGUGCUAAAUAUUUUCAUCUAA